CCGGUCGGGGUGGGACGGUCGCGCUCGUCGAUGGAGCGUCAGGGACCGGCGUGCCAGCAGUGCUGCUGCGCCUGCUGCUGCCGCGGCUGCAGUCGCCGCGGCUCCCGGGGCGGUUCGGACAAGCCCGACUGGCCGUCCACCGGCUCCAGCUCCAGCAGUCGCAACAGCUCCGGCUCGACCGGCGACGAGCCGCAGGGCGAGCUGGUGCACCUGCGCGAGCUGCUGCAGGCGCGCGGCGUACCGCAACACCUGCUGGAACAGCUGGCGCCGCCCGCCAGUCCCAGCCGGCACCGCAGCCACGCAGAAGGAGGCUGCAGGAUGUACCAGCUGCUGCAGAUGCUGCAGUGCUCGGAGGACGAGUCGCUGCAGCUGCAGGCGGUCGUCGAGCUCGGUCAGCUCCUGGUGAUGGCCUCUGAGGACACGCUGGGCGCCUUCCCGGCCGGCAAGUUCGUGCCGCCCAUCACCAGACUGAUACAGGCAGACCGUGGCGACGACCUGGUCACACAGGCGUGUCGCACGCUGACCCACCUGCUGGAGCUGGUGCCGCACAGCUCGGCGGCAGCUGUGGCAGCUCUGCCGGCGCUGCUGCAGCAGCUCCGAGCCAUCUCCUCAAUGGAGGUGGCGGAACAGGCGCUGGCUGCACUGGAGCUGCUCACAAAGAGACACGGCAACGCUGUCCUGCAGGCGGGCGGCAUCACCUCCUGUCUGGCCUUCUUUGACUUCUUCUCUGCGGAAGCGCAGCGCGCGGCGCUGUCCGUGACGGCCGGCUGCUGUCUGUCCCUGACCAGCAGCGAGUUCCAUCUGAUCAGUCCGCACCUGUCCGCCAUCGCCAGUCGACUCUGUCACCAGGACCGCCGGGUGGCUGAGGCUGCCUGCCUUGUGCUCUGCCGACUGUCUGAAACGUUCAAAGCCGACCGGAUCAGGGUGCAGACAAUCGCAGACAGCGGACUGGUGAAAAACAUCCCACAGCUGCUGGCCGGCAGUCCACCGGUGAUUGGCAGCUCGACCUUCUGCGAGGUCACACGCAUGCUCCGCCUCCUUUGCGCCCACUGUCCACCCAUCGCCGUGCAGCUCCUCACAGAGAACAUUGCCGGGACGCUGAAAAAGCUGCUAACAACAGACACUGGACAGCCGGUGUCCCCGGGAUCGUUCCGUAAUUCGGAGGAGGUGUACUCGCUGGUCUGUCUGGUCUCCGAGCUGCUGAGAUGA